AAGUAAACGAUAGACGACAGAGAUCACUCAAGCGAUGAUUGCGACCUCAACUGACUUGUAAGUAAAUAUACAAUUAUUUCUUGAACUGUUAUUUUGCAUUGAACGAAUAGUCGUUGGAUUCUCUUUCAUUUGGUUUCUCGUUUUACUUGCAAUGGAAGGGAAAGGGUUGUUGAAAAAAAAACUAGAUAUGUGUGAUUUUACUGUUGGGGCGAUUACAUGGAUACAAAAGCUGUGUUGAGAAUGAAAGGAAGGCAUUGUUAGAGCUCAAGAAAUACAUAUUCUCAAUUACUAAAGAAGAGAAGUCCGGCUCUGUGGACAGAUGACACAAAGAGCGAUUGUUGCCUGUGGGAGGGUGUUGUGUGCAACCAAACAAGCCUACGGAUGACCAAGAUUGCCUUUGGUACGCUGGACAUCAAAAAUAAUUCUCUCCUAAAUCUUUCUUUGAUGCAUCCCUUCGAAGAUGUACGAUGUCUCAACUUAUCCAAGUCUAGAUUCAGCUUCUUAGACCGAGAGGAGGACAGAGGAUGGCAUGAACAGAAAGACAACCAAUUUGCUGGCUUGUUUGUUGUUGAAGGUUAUAAAAGCUUAGGGAGAUUAAGAAACCUUGAGAUUCUGGAUUUCACUUCGAAUAAAUUCAACAAGAGCAUCUUUCCCUAUCUCAGUUCUGCUACAUCACUUACAACUCUUUUUCUUCGGGAUAACCACAUGGAUGGCCCUUUUCCUGCUAAAGAACUUCGAGAUUUGAUAAACUUGGAACUGCUUGACCUGAGUAGAAACAGAUUCAACGGCACCAUACCAGUAAAAGAGUUAUCUGCCCGGUGGAACCUGAAAGCUCUGGAUCUAAGUGACAAUAAAUUUACGGGCUCAAUGGAAUUGCAAGGGAUUUGCAACCUAAAGAAUAUGGAAGAGCUUGACUUAAGUCGACACAAACUUUUUGGCCAGUUUCCCUCAUGCUUAACUAGCUUGAGUGGACUUAGAGUUCUUGAUCUCUCAUCCAACCAAAUGACUGGGAAGCUACCCUCUGCUCUCAGUAACCUUGAAUCGCUUGAGUACUUAUCCUUGUUUGAUAACAACUUUGAAGGCUUCUUCUCACUUGGUUCGCUUGCAAACCUCUCAGAGCUUAGGGUCUUAAAACUUGGUUCAAAAUCAAACUCACUUCAAGUAGAGUCUGAAGGUUCUUGGAAGCCAAAAUUUCAGUUAAAAGCUAUUCUACUAGGAUCUUGCAACUUGAACAAGGUUCCUCAUUUUCUCCUAUAUCAGAAAGGUUUGCAUCAAGUUGAUCUCUCUGACAAUAAAAUAUCUGGAAAUUUCCCUUCUUGGCUAAUGGAGAACAAUACAGAACUCAAAGUUUUGCGUCUACAAAAUAAUUAUCUCACGAGCUUUCAGCUACCAAAACAUACUCAUGGGCUGACUUUCCUGGACGUGUCAAUGAAUGAGUUCAAUCAUAUGUUUCCUUUUCCUGAGAACAUUGGGUGGAUACUUCCUCAAUUGGUUUCUAUGAAUAUAUCUGGUAACGGCUUUCAAGGAAACUUGCCAUUUUCUUUGGGCAACAUGAAAGAUAAUUCAUAUGUGGAUCUAUCUCACGACAGUUUCGAGGGGAAGAUACCUAGAGACUUUUUGAAGGGUUGUUAUUCCAUGCAAAUUUUGACGUUGUCACACAAUACACUAAGUGGAGAGGUUUUUCCGGAAGGAGAAGUACCCUAUUCUAAUAUAUCUGACUUGUUGCUGGACAACAAUCAUUUUAGAAAGAUUGGACAAGGAUUGCGUAGCUUGGAAUCCUUGGUAAUUCUUGACAUUUCGAACAACAGUCUAACGGUUGUUAUUCCAAGCUGGAUUGGUGAACUUCCAUCUUUAGUCGCUCUACUACUUUCGAACAAUAUGUUAGAAGGUGAGAUACCUAUGUCGUUGUUCAACAAAUCCAAUCUUUGGCUACUGGACCUUUCUGCAAACAUUUUAUCUGGGGGAAUACCUCCACAUAUUGAAUCAUCACUGACGUGGGUAUUACUUCUACAAGAUAAUAAUUUAUGAGGGACUAUUCCAGACACACUGCUAAUGAACGUCUAUGUACUUGAUCUGAGAAAUAACAUGUUGUCUGGAAAUAUUCCUGAGUUCAUCAACACUCAGAGCAUCAACAUUAUUCUUCUGCGGGGGAAUAAUUUAACAGGUCCUAUUCCUCGACAGUUGUGUGACCUAAGAAACAUCCACCUUCUGGAUCUUGCCAACAACAAGUUGAAUGGAUCCAUACCUGCAUGCCUUAGCAAUACAUCAUUUGGUUUGGGAUCAGAGGAGGAUGCAUUUUCCUCUUUUGAUUUUAGCUUCGGUGUAAGUUCUAGUAGUUUCCAGGCUGGUUAUGAUCUGGAACAAGAUUCCACUUCCACAAAAGGUGCUGGUAGAUAUUUCAGUUCCUUUCUUGUGCUAGAUCCGUUUAAUGCAGGCUUCUUGGCAAGAUCUACCCGGACCAAGAUUGAAUUUGAAAUAAAACACCGAUAUGAUUCCUACAUAGGUGAAAAUCUCCAGUUAUUGUUUGGAAUGGAUCUUUCUAAAAAUGAGCUGAGUGGUGAGAUCCCAGUAGAGCUCGGAGCUCUUAUGGAAUUACAAGCUCUCAAUCUCUCUCACAACAAGCUAUCAGGAGUGAUACCAGAAAGCUUUCAAGGUCUGAAGAAUGUGGAAAGCCUUGAUCUCUCCUCUAACUGGUUACAAGGUCGGAUCCCUCCGCAACUAGCAGAGCUGAGCAGCCUGGCGGUCUUUAAUGUCUCGUUCAACAAUUUAUCUGGAGUCAUUCCACAAGGAAGACAGUUUAACACCUUUGACUCACAAAGCUUUUUAGGUAAUCCUUUUCUAUGUGGACAACAAACCAACACAAGCUGCGGAGGUAACUCAAUCCACUCCCCAGAUAAUGUUGUGAAAGACGAAGAAGGCACAAUCGACAUGGAGUCUUUCUACUGGAGUUUUGCUGCAGCCUAUGUGACCAUACUUGUUGGGUUAUUCACGUCUCUCUCUUUUAAUUCUCCUUGGAGCAGAUUUUGGUUCUAUAAGGUUGAAGUUUCCAUCCACAAGGUGAGAAAUUUGUUGUGUUAAACCAUUAGUGUCGUUCCAAUAUGUCUAUGUUCUUCACAAAGAACCCCUCCAGGUUUUGUUGUGUAAAACGAACCAGAAAAUAAAAACUUCGUGUUUGGUUCCUAUAAUCCUAUGUAUUGUGACUACUGAUAUUUACUUAUAUUUAUGAAACCAUUAU